CUCCAACACUACCUCUUCCUGGCCUGCUUCUCCUGGAUGUUCCUGGAGGGGCUGCACCUCUUCCUCACCGUCAGGAACCUGCAGGUCGUGAAUUACACCAGCGCCAGCUGGUUCAAGAAGAGAUUCAUGUACCCGUUCGGCUACGGCUUCCCAGCCCUGCUGGUGGCUAUUUCUGCAGCGGUGAAUCCUCAUGGCUACGGAACUUCUGAACACUGCUGGCUCAGCCAAGAGAGAGGCUUUGGUUGGAGCGCUGCGGGUCCAAUCGGUGCCAUAAUCCUGAUAAAUAUGAUGUUCUUUGUCCUGACUCUGUGGAUCCUCAGAAAAACACUCUCCUCCCUCAAUGCAGAUGUGUCCACCCUCAGAGACCACAGGUUACUGACCUUUAAAGCCAUCGCCCAGUUUUUCAUUCUGGGCUGCACAUGGAGCCUUGGUCCCUUCACACAAUCCGUGGUCAUGCAGUAUUUAUUCUUCAUUCUCAACAGCCUGCAGGGACCCUUCAUCUUCCUGGUGCACUGUCUCCUCAAUCGCCAGGUGAGAGAGGAAUACAGGAGAUGGCUCAAUGGAUUCCGAACAUCCAGCACAAAAUCUCAGACAUCUGAUCUAUCCAUGUCUGCUGUCCCCACCACCAGCACCAAGACGGUAAGAGGUUCUCUGCUGUGUUCCAAUACCAGCCUGUGACACAGUCAUCUCUAGCUGGGUCUCAUUACUGCUGUAAAGGUGCUUUGCCCCCCGAAUGACUCAGGAUUGGUUAUGAGCCAGCUGGGAACGUCACUGCAAGUGUUAGUGAGAGUCGGUCACUAUCGAGGAGUAUCCUAGAUGUCUUAGGCACCAGAACAGAAUGUCCUGUCCUGGCACCUCCGCGUUCCCUUCCCUUGGCUCUCCUGGGAGCUCCAGGAGUCACUCACUGUGGGCUAGGCAGGCAUUGGCUCUUGCAGUGUAAUGAUCUGAAUAGAUCAGAUU